GACAAAGCUCCAGUGAGGGGAAUGGUGAGAGGAGACGCACACAGACCUCUGGAGAGCUGCGCUUAUCACCGUCACUGAGGAGAUGUCUGUGGAUGAGGUGUACGUGUUCCGGCCCUUUAAGCUGAUAGCUCUGUUCUGCGUCUUCCUGGCGCUCUGCCUGGACGUGGUGGCUCUGCUGAGUCCAGCCUGGGUCACUGCCGAGCAUUUCUCCCUGUCCCUCUGGGAGUCCUGCUCCCAGUCCGGGCUCCGGCAGCCCGCGGAGGAGGCAGCGGCAUGGAACUGCUUCUCCACCCUCACAUCUGACUGGCAGAUUGCCACCCUGGUGCUCCUGGGGGCCGGUGCGGUCGCUACUCUGGUGGCUUUCCUGGUGGCCCUCAUUUCUGUCUGCUGGGGGACAAAGAGACAGCACUACCGCAUUGUAGCAGUGUUCCUCUUCACUGCAGUUGUUUUGCAGGCCUGUGCCCUGGUCCUCUACCCAAUCAAGUUUAUAGACGGAACCGUUCUGCAGACCUAUCACGAGUUCAACUGGGGCUACGGACUCGGCUGGGGAGCCACCAUCUUUAUGCUGGGUGGAGGAAUCCUCUUCUGCCUGCGAACAGACAUUUACGAUGAUGCCAUGUACUAGUGAAAAGUCCUGCCCUGCUGCUGAAAAUGCACAUGUGAACACUCAGAAACUUCUCUUUGCUCUUCACAUGGCCUGUAUGCCAGCACAGAGCCCACGUCUUGUUUCUGCCUCCUGUCUUGCUCUUGCUGUUAUUCUUAGACAGGUUGUGAAGGUGCUAUUUAGAGCCAGAGCUUUUGAGAAUAAACCUCCACCCCCCCUCCCGCAGUCACUUACAGGCACCAGUGGCUCAGCCCAGCUGCUUUUUGAAAUUGGGUGCGAGGUGGCAAUACUAAAGAACAGAGAGUUUUCUGGACUGGCUCGAGCCGCUGGACGUUUCCAGGAUGUUUAUUGUUGGAAAUGACACAGACCUGAAUGAGCUGGAGCUUAGUAUUCACCAGGACUGACUCUACAUUUCCUUUUUGCUGUUGUUGUUUUUACAGUGUAUUUAUGGCAUCAUUUCUUUCUUUCCUAAUAUUCAGUGUACAUUUUUGCUCUCUUUAAACUAAAACAUAUCUUUAUAAGUGUAAAUUAGAAUGAAUUUAUACAGAUGUUUAGCUUCUUUGAAAGAUUGCAAUAGUUUGUCCUAUAAAAUCGAUAAAUCGUACAAAAUAUUUCUGUUUAUUGUUUCAAGUGAGCAUUUUGACAUUUUUUUUUUUACAGUUGUGAUCCCAGUAAAAAAAAUGAACCUCUCUUCAUAAGCUAGCCUUAAAUCCUCAAAGGAAAACCAGGUACUAUUUACAGGAACUGUACGGCUACAUGCAUAAAGCAUACUUUUUGUUGCCACAUUUCAAAGUAGAUAACAGAUUAGUCAGACUCAUGGGGUGGCAAUCAUUGACCACCACUACACUUUGGAUGUAACUGUUCUCCUCCAGAACAAGCAGUUCUACUCUAAAACACAAGGUAGCAGCAGUGAUACUCUCAGGUAGAAAGUUCAAAUUAAUUUCACAUUUAAACUGUUAGAAUAUUACCCAUAAACUAACGAAAACUAAUACAGAUAUUAAGUAUUUACAUCCAUAUACUAACAUUAAAGAUGACAAACAUGGAAAUCCUGCUCUUUUUCAAACUAGUUUUAAUGUUUUAUCAUUAUUAUUACUAUUAGAAUGGAAAGUUAUGAAUCUUUGCAGUAAUCUCAGAGUCUUCUAUGUAAUUGGAGAUAAAUAACAAAUGUGUAACUCUUUUAAUAUUUAUGCAGAACCAUAGAUUAUUCCUUUUGACAGCAUAGGUCUAUUAAUGAGUGUGUAAAAUAAUAAGCGAGGACUUGGGGGAAAUCCAAUCUGUCUUUAGUGAUCUAUUUGUAAAAUACAAAUGUUGUGCUCAUUCAUUUUCUAAUCCUAUUUUUUGGCACAGCUUGAUUAGUGCAGACUGAUCCUAAAAUGAUCACCAGUUUUUGGCCUGCUGUCUGCACACAUUGAUCCCUGCCUGGCUGGUCCUGAGUGCUGGGGGUUGAUUUAGCAUCUGGAGUUCCCGACAUCCGGAUCUGGUGCUGAGGUGCUAUACCAAUUCCCACAAACUUUUGCAUGACAGGAGGUUAAGGAAAAUACAUUAUUUUUUCACUUUUACAGUGUGUGACACAUGCAAAUGUAUUCACCUUCAUAUGUUUUAGGUUUUAUAAUAAAGAGCUUCAGCUGUGCGCUACAUUUGUGUAACUUGCACUUGUCAUAGCUUUCUAAGGCUUUUG